CGGGGCCUGAGGUGCCGACGGAACGACGCGUAUUCCCCGGGCUGGGGUGCUCUCCCACGGGGCUCCCGCGGGGCUCGUGGUUGUUUUCCCCUCCUGGGACUAGCCGGAGCUCCAUCCUUUCAGUCUCCGGGGGGUGCUGAAGGCAGUGGAGCUCUCUGACCUGAAAGAGCAACAAUGUCAUCAGAAUCCAGCAAAAAGCGGAAGCCCAAAGUGAUCCGAAGUGACGGAGCCCCAACUGAAGGGAAACGGAAUCGAUCUGACACAGAACAGGAAGGCAAAUACUACAGCGAGGAGGCUGAGGUUGACCUGCGGGACCCUGGCAGAGACUAUGAUCUCUACAAGUAUACUUGCCAGGAGCUGCAAAGGUUGAUGGCCGAGAUCCAGGACCUGAAGAGCAAGGGCAGCAAGGAUGUGGCCAUUGAAAUUGAAGAAAGAAGGAUCCAGAGCUGUGUGCAUUUCAUGACUCUAAAGAAGCUUAACCGAUUAGCCCAUAUCAGGUUAAAGAAAGGAAGAGAUCAGACCCAUGAGGCCAAGCAGAAAGUUGAUGCCUACCACCUGCAGCUGCAGAACCUGCUCUACGAAGUGAUGCACCUGCAGAAGGAAAUCACCAAAUGCCUGGAAUUCAAGUCAAAGCAUGAAGAAAUCGAUCUGGUCAGUUUAGAGGAAUUUUAUACAGAGGCUCCACCAAACAUCAGCAAGGCUGAAAUCACCAUGGGAGACCCCCACCAACAGACCUUGGCCCGUUUGGACUGGGAGCUGGAGCAGCGGAAAAGGCUGGCAGAGAAGUACCGCGAAUGUCUGUCCAACAAGGAGAAGAUCCUGAAGGAGAUUGAGGUGAAGAAGGAGUAUCUGAGCAGCCUGCAGCCUCGCCUCAACAGCAUCAUGCAGGCUUCCCUCCCAGUGCAAGAAUACUUGUUCAUGCCAUUUGACCAGGCACACAAACAGUAUGAGACUGCUAGGCACCUGCCACCUCCCCUCUACGUGCUCUUUGUUCAGGCCACUGCAUAUGGGCAGGCCUGUGAUAAGACGUUGUCUGUGGCAAUCGAAGGCAGUGUGGAUGAAGCCAAAGCUCUCUUCAAGCCCCCUGAGGACUCUCAAGAUGACGAGAGUGACUCCGAUGCUGAGGAGGAGCAGACCACGAAACGGCGUCGACCCACUCUUGGGGUUCAGCUGGAUGACAAACGCAAGGAGAUGCUGAAAAGGCACCCACUGUCUGUCUUGCUUGAUCUGAAAUGCAAAGACAACAGUGUGCUUCAUCUGACUUUCUACUAUCUCAUGAACCUCAACAUCAUGACAGUGAAAGCCAAAGUGACAACCGCCGUUGAGCUGAUCACCCCCAUCAGUGCAGGAGACUUGCUGUCUCCUGACUUGGUCCUAAGCUGCUUGUAUCCUGGAGAUCAUGGAAAGAAAACUCCAAACCCAGCCAAUCAGUAUCAGUUUGAUAAAGUUGGCAUCCUGACUUUGAGAGACUAUGUUCUUGACUUAGGUCACCCCUACUUGUGGGUGCAGAAGCUGGGUGGCCUCCACUUCCCCAAAGAGCAGCCCCAGCACACGGUGAUGGCUGACCACUCAAAGAGCGCCAGCCAUAUGGAGACCACCAUGAAAUUGCUGAAGACCAGGGUACAGUCUCGCCUGGCUCUCCACAAACAGUUCGCAUCUCUGGAACAUGGCAUUGUGCCAGUUACCAGUGACUGCCAGUACCUCUUUCCUGCCAAGGUUGUUUCUCGCCUGGUAAAGUGGGUGAUAAUUGCCCAUGAAGAUUACAUGGAACUGCAUUUCACUAAGGACAUAGUAGAGGCAGGACUGGCUGGGGACACCAAUCUCUACUACCUGGCGCUUAUUGAAAGGGGAACAGCGAAACUUCAAGCUGCUGUGGUGUUGAACCCUGGCUAUUCCUCCAUCCCACCCAUUUUCCGACUCUGUCUAAACUGGAAAGGGGAGAAAACCAACAGCAAUGAUGACAAUAUUCGGGCUAUGGAGAGCGAGGUCAAUGUGUGCUAUAAGGAGCUCUGUGGCCCUCGACCCAGCCACCAACUCUUGACCAAUCAGCUGCAGCGGCUGUGUGUGCUGCUGGACGUCUACCUGGAGACUGAGAGCCAUGAUGACAGUGUAGAGGGCCCCAAGGAAUUUCCCCAGGAGAAGAUGUGCCUGAGGCUUUUUAGGGGUCCAAGUAGGAUGAAGCCAUUUAAAUAUAACCAUCCUCAAGGAUUCUUCAGCCACCGGUGAUUCCCUCUCUAACCUGUCAUUCCCCAGAGCCCAACCCUGGGUCCUGCACCACUGCUUUUUGCUCUGACCACAUGUUCUUGUUAUUUUCCAAAGACACCAGCAGAUUAAAAUGUCACCUGACCAAA